UAUUAGUAAUUGAAACAAGUAAUCUAGAGACUAUAUAUGGUUCAUACUAGAUAGUUCAUAGUUUACCUUCAAAUGAUCAAUCCUCACCUACCAACUUCCAUGCCUUGUUUGCUCCUCCUCCUCUUCCUUUCUCUCUUGCCAGCUCCCUCACUUUCCGACCCACGAGCCCAGAAGGUGGCUCUCCUAUGCACCAACCGAACCGUCUCCUCCCUCACGCGCCGCCAGGUUUUCGUGGCCAACUUCCUGGCCGCCAUGGACGCCUUGACCCCCCUGACGCGGGCGCAGGGCCACGGCGGCGUCGUCAAGGGCUCCCAAAACGCCAGCGUUUACGCCCUGGGCGAGUGCAUGAAGGACCUCUCCCCCUCCGACUGCGACGUCUGCCUGGCGCAGUGCAAGACGCAGCUGCUCUCCUGCCUCCCCUUCCAGAAAGGGACACGUGGCGGCUCCCUCUUCUUCGACGGCUGCUUCCUCCGGUACGACGACUACGACUUCUUCAACGAGACCCUCGGCGACCAGGACUCCGCGGUGUGCGGAACUAAUGGUACUGUUGGUGGUGGCGUUUAUAAGGCCAACGCUUUGGAGUUGGUUCGGAACCUGAGCGAGGUGGCGCCCCGAAACGAUGGGUUUGUGGUGGGGUCGGUGGAGAGAAGGAACGUGAGUGUUUAUGGGUUGGCUCAGUGCUGGGAGUUUGUGAAUGGGAGUGCGUGCCGGAGAUGUUUGGCUCAUGCUGUUUCUCGGAUUGCUUCCUGUGAAACGCAGGAAGCCAGGGCGUUGAAUGCUGGUUGUUACUUGAGGUUUUCUGCGCGCAAGUUCUUCAACAAUUCAACCGAUCUUACAACACCUGCACAUCAUGGAAGACGAAGUCUAGCAAAAAUUUUGGCUGCAUCUUCUGCGGCCCUGGCUCUUCUGCUGGUUGUUGCAGCAGUUGUUUUCUUUGUAAGGAAGAAUGUGGUGACAAGAAGAAGAGAAAGAAGACAGUUGGGUGCACUUCUGGACACAGUGAAUAAGUCCAAGUUGAAUGUGCCAUAUGAGAUUCUCGAAAAGGCAACAAAUUACUUCAAUGAUGCCAACAAGCUAGGACAAGGGGGAUCAGGUUCUGUUUAUAAAGGAGUUAUGCCAGAUGGAAUUACUGUUGCCAUAAAAAGGCUUAGCUUUAACACUACACAAUGGGCAGAUCAUUUCUUUAAUGAGGUCAAUUUGAUCAGUGGUAUUCAUCACAAAAAUCUAGUAAAGCUUUUAGGGUGCAGCAUUACAGGACCUGAAAGCCUUUUAGUUUAUGAAUACGUGCCUAACUACAGCCUCCAUGAUCACCUUUCGGGUAGAAGGAUUUCUCAACCGCUGAAUUGGGAAAUCAGGCAUAAGAUUAUAUUAGGAAUUGCAGAGGGCAUGGUCUACCUUCACGAGGAAUCACAUGUGAGAAUCAUUCAUAGAGACAUAAAAUUAAGCAACAUUCUGCUUGAGGAGGACUUCACACCCAAGAUUGCUGAUUUUGGACUUGCUAGAUUGUUUCCAGAAGACAAGUCUCACAUUAGCACAGCCAUUGCUGGCACACUGGGCUAUAUGGCUCCGGAGUAUAUUGUUCGUGGGAAGUUGACUGAGAAAGCAGAUGUCUACAGUUUUGGAGUUCUAGUUAUUGAAAUUGUAUCAGGCAAAAGAAACAGUUCCUUUGUUAUGAAUUCAUCCUCUCUCCUACAAAUGGUUUGGAGCCACUACGGGUCAAAUAGGCUAUCUGAAGUUGUUGAUCCGACCCUAGAGGGUGCCUUUCCUGUAGAGGAAGCAUGCCAACUGCUUCAGAUAGGGUUGCUUUGUGCACAAGCAUCUGCAGAGUUGAGACCAUCAAUGUCAGUAGUUGUUAAAAUGGUUAAUAACAGCCAUGAAAUUCCUCAGCCAACACAACCACCAUUUAUUAAUUCUGGUAGUGUGGAAUUCAACAAAUCUGGUUUACCUGGAUAUAAAUUUCAGUCUGGAUCCAACACUCAGUCUUCAGGGAACACCAUGACUGAAAGUCAGAUUGAGCCUAGAUGAAUUACAUCACACCCUUUUUCCUGGAUCAUUUUUGUGCACAUAAAAUUAUCCCCGAGUACGCGUUAAAGCUGUUGGCUUUGUUUCAUUCUCAAGAAAAUAUGGUUUCAGUUAUCAGCACGGAAUUGCCCUCGUACAUCUCUGAAUUGAAAGAGAUGAGUGGCAUAACUCCACAUAUGAACCAUCGGCCAACAGUUAGGACCGAUUGCUUUGUAUAGAUUACAGUUACACAAAAAGCUGCAAGGAAAAAAAAGGAUGAGUUUUUCUGAAGAACUUGUAAAUUACAUAUCACACAGGUCAACUUUUUCUACAAUAGAAUCAAUAGUAGGCUGAUCUGAUCUAUGCAAAAUUUAUGCUAUAUGCUUUUAUAUUUGAGUUCUCUACCAAGUUAUGUAUGGAAGCCUUGUAACACUUGAUUGGAGUUUUGUACCAGGCACCUAGAAUGCAAGGUACAGGGAUAUUCUGAGAAUUUUACAUGUAACCACCAGUAAUUAUUUAUUUACAUUUUAUUCUUUUAUGUAAUAGUAAUUUAUUUGAAGUUAGUUGUAUUA